GAAUAGCUGUUAUCUGGAUUCGGUCGAUCUCGAUGACAAAUCAUGAGAGAGUUUCUUAUCUAGCGCGAGAAGGGAGAAAGUCUGUGAUUCCGACAACGCCAGGCCCAAUCAGAACAAAAGAGGAUCGGAGGAGGGAAAAGCACAAAUAUUUACCGAGAAAAAGUGACAACUCGUUCUCUUAGUGCACCACAGACCGUUGAUCAUGCUCAUUGUGACAAUGUCGUGUAAAUUACAUCCCUCAACUCGUUGAAACAUCAGUCAGACUUCUCGCCCAAGACAUGAAGAAUCCGAAGGAGUACGUUGAUCUCUGUGACGAUGACCUCACCUACGAUGACUUGACUGAGAAUGAGUCCGUGUUAAGUGGAUCAGUGAACGAUGUGUUGGACAACAUCGCCGAGAAUCCCGUGGACCUGGACGAGUUCCUGAAGGAACUAACCAUUCCCAAGGAGUUCCAGGAUUCAUCCUCCAAGCUGAGAAAUCUUCAUAUCAGCCCAGUUCAAAUGCCCACGCCCCCUUCAGUGACGAGCAAGGUUCAAGUGAAUAUGGUGAAUCCAUCCUACCAGGACUCCUAUGAAUCUCAUUGGGAUUUGCCACCUCCAGCUCUUCAGGAAGCUUCCCAAGAGACUCCCAUGCACAUUCCAAAGUCAUUGUUAGUCCGGAACGUCGGCCCCAAAGUUGUCAUUGAACGUCGAAGCCCUCUAGAUCCGCCAUCCCCAUUCGAUCCUCGGAAGCAGGAUUACUCCAUUGUGAAGCUCAACCGCAUGAAACCCUCCAAUCUGAAGAAAUCCCACAGCUCGACUCAACUCAAAUUCAACGAAGACGCCAUGACCACCAGUGACAAAAUGAUCAAUGAAUACAUGGACAAGGUGCAUUCGUUCAAAGAGAAAGAUUCGAAUCCCGAGUCAGCCAUCAGGGACACCGUGCCAAAGAGCGUCCAAGCAAAUACCCAUGCCAACAACCUGGCCUCCGAGUUCAUGAGGUUUCGCGAGGAGAAAUUCGGCCUCAUUGGACCGGAGGGCGAAGGACAGGGUAAAAGUGCCUCCAGAUACCAUGUUCAACAAGAGUCUAGACCUGGUAUCAAGUCCCCCGGGCAAUUCCAAGCGAGCAACCCUAAAUCCAACCCAAGCAUUAAUCAAACGGCCAAGUGGUCGAGCACCGAGGAGAUCUCCACCAAGAAUCUCGACACGAACUUCUUCGCGGAGGGUGGACCCAAAUUCUGGAGCCCCCGGAACGCCCCGCCCAGUCCGACGAUCGAGCGCAAAAAAGACAAGGACUUUAAGCCCAUUCAUUUCGAUUCGAACUCGCUGAAGCGCCAAUCGAGUCAGUCUGGUCAGCGGUCCCACUCCAGAGGCGCGAGUGAGGGUGGACUGGCGAAGAUCAACCCCACGGAUUCGUUUGCCUGGAAGGACAAGACUUUGGACAAAGAUCUGAAAACCUUGCGGUCCACGCCCAAGUCCUUUGACGACCAGGAGAGUCAGAUAUACAAUCCGCGUCGGGAUCGGGAACGGGACGACCCACGGCUGAACGAGUCACUUGGAACCUGGUCCAAGAAAUCUCAAUUGCCCAAGGCGCCAGAUCCACAAGUGGUUCUGUUACAGAAAGCCAGAGAGGAGAAAAAGGUUCGCCGAUAUCUGGACUCGAACUUCCAAAACCGACCUGAUCUGGUCCACCCGGAUCAGCGGAUCCGUGACUACGAGAGCGAAAACGAGGAUCUCCACAUCUCCCCUCGACACGCUCCAUACAAAGGGGUGGGACCUAGAACCAAAGACGGGAUGCCAAUAGGACUGCGCUCUGAGAUUGACAGGGAUUUUGUUAACGUUUGGUACCGCGAUAUGUUCAAAUCCCUGAAUCGAAAGGGACCGAGAAGUGGUUAUUCAUCAGAGCCCGAUCACAAAACCAAAGAGCUUUACGCCAAGAAGUACGAUUUGGAAGGAACCCCUGGAUCUCCCCCGCGAUCCCCUCCAUCGUAUCGUAAACAAGAAUCUCGAUUUGAGCGCGAGCAGAAGCUCAAGGUCGGGUCCGUGGAUCUCUAUCGACCUGGUGCCAAUCCCAACUUUGACGAGGAGACCUCCUCCGCCCAAAAGAAAUAUGAACAAGAGCACUUCCGGGUCCAGCCCGGUCCCAUUGGGAAGUACGCCCUAGGCCAAGGCUCUUUGGCCACGUUGGAAAGGAACAAGGGCGAGGGCUGCGGUAUCACUAAGUACGCCUCGAGCCAUUCGUAUAUGCCUUUGCGAACCUCUCGAUCAACCCACAACCUAGUGGAGCCUUCGUCCAAUGGAAAAUUUCACAUGCAAACUGCUUUAAAAGACGGAUACGAGAGUGAUUCUUCGCUGGUGAUUCGCCGUUUGGACACCCCUGGAUAUCAGACUCCCGUCGAAGCCAAAUCCGACUACAAUCGCAUCCAACGCGGAGGCGACGUUCCACAUUACGGACUGAGAAUGAGUGCACCUGAAAAAUUAAAAGAUGUUGAAGAUGAGCUUGUGGGCCUAAGUGUUGACACUGUUGAGUGCCUCGAAGUACCCAAGGAAGAAGUUGCCAUUCUCGAAGAAGUUGCUGAGGUUCACGUUGCUCAGCCUUGCAUGGUCACUGACCAAGGAGAAGACGAGGAAGAAGAGCUCCCGGAAGAAGCACCACCCAGCGACAUGAAGGACACGGAGGAAGUGAUUGAUCCUCCAGCGCCACCAAAGCGAUCCUCUCAAACCAACCAACGACUCAAGCGUUGGUCCAAAAUGAUCAAGUACUCCCUUCCUUCGGCGAAGACUUCCAAGCCCGGCAAGGAGAAGGAGAAGAAAUCUUUGAAAGAGAAACUAACCGAAGGAGAACUGGCCAUUUUCUUGAAAGAGCGCCGUGCUGUGUCCGAAUCUCGAUUCCGGAUCUUGGACAAGAUCAGUGGUCAAAUGGACCUGAUGCGUCCCAAAUCUGAUCCGAAAAUUGACACGGACGAGGCUUGGAGUUCAGGCAUAGCCAGUGGAACGUUGAAUAGUCUAAAGGAACGAUUCGAGGAUCGUUCCCAACUCAAGAGCCCACCUUUGGUCAUGUCGUCUGACGAGGGCACCAAGGCCAGAUCUCGAUCCUCCAGAAGAUCCCAUUCCCAAGAGAAGCUGGACGAGAUUGACACCGACAAGCGAGUUCAAAUUACCGUCUCCAUGAACCCCAAAGCUAAGAAAAUCGUUGUCCUCAAGGAUGAGCAGGACAAUUCCACGACCUCUCCAGAAACGGGGGGCGAGGACGACAAAAAGGAGCUCAAGAAGCGAAAAAAGGACAAGUUGAAGGAGAAGAAGAAGAAAAAGGACAAAGAAAAGGGGAGCGGGUCGUCGGAUAAAGACGAAAAGAAGAAGGAGAAGAAGCGACUCAAAAAGGAAAAGGAGAAGAAGCAGCAAAAGAGGGUGACCAUUCUGAAUGGGCGGAACUUGUGCAAUGGAGCGCCUCCUGCCAUUCCCCCACCGCCCAAAGAGGUGGACCUAGAUUGGACCCAAGCCCAGAGAGAGAAGUUCUUUCAGACCCUGCUAAUGAACGAGGCCAAUCUGCGGAACAAUGAGCGCCAAUCCAGGCCCAUGGAGAAAAAGAAGUCCAAUUUGAAGAAGAGCGCCUCCGUGAUGGUCAAGCGCACGACGCCCACUUUGGACCCCUAUCUGCGGGAGAAGAAGAUGGUGAGCGAGUCCAUCUUCAAGCGAUGGCAGCCCCCACCCUCCAAUGAUGAUCGUCGUCCAGGAUCAGCGGCCUCGAGACCAAGUGCUUUAUUGAGUAGCGAGAAUUUCUUUGACAAUCGGAGCAAGUUUGAGAAUGGACAUGUCCCAGUGGUGACCUUUCCCAGAUCGUUAUCCAACCUGGAGAAAAGAGAUUUGAGUUCCUACCGUGAUUUUCAACCCCGAAGAGGCUCGCCAUCCCCGGGUCGACCUCAAUCGGGCCUUUCCCAUCAAUCGGAUAUUGGGCGUUCCAUGAGUCUGCCUCGGCCCACGUCAGGCUUGUCGGGGGUGUCCAACCUCUCAGAGAGUGAGAGGGACGAGUACAAGAACUACAUUCUCGAGACCUUGCAUACCACUCAAAAGAGUCCCCGAUUCCAGCAGCUUCAAGCUUACUAUAACCUCUUGGACAAGGCCUUGAAGUUGGAAAAGAAGUCCGACAACAUGGAGAUCCACAAGCUGAAAAGCGACGAAGUGAUCGACUUUGAGACUUGGAGGAAAUUGAGAGUCAAGGAGAAGGCCAGGGAUGAGUUAGACCUGCUCUUGGAUAGUCUUCGGGCCGCUCAGAAGGCCAGACAGUUCCACUUCCGGCCAAAGGAAGUGGACACUGUGCGCUGGCGUGGAGAUAUUCGAUUGCGAGGUCGCGACCGCUCUGUUGAGAACCUCAAGUCCCAUUUCAAUAAGAUCGUCGAGACCAAUGGGAUGACGCCAGACCAGCUGCACAAAGUCGAAGAUCUGAACUUGAAGAAGGACAUCUACAAGCCCCUCUGGCGGGCCAAGAGUGUAACUGACGUAACCGACGAUAUCAAGAAAACCGAUUCCAGGAACAAAUACUCCGAGGGCGAGGUCAACAUUCACUUCAAGAGUCCCGUGCGUCAUGAUCAGAAGCCCUAUGUUCCAGAAGAGGAACUUCGGCGGCGUCAGGAGAAGCAAAUGAAGGAGUUCUACGAGGGAAUCGAAGAGAAGAAACAAAAGCAACUCCAACAAGACAUGAUGAACAGAAAACACCACGACACGCUAUUGCCCAACCAAAAAUCCCCGGUUCCACUCAACCGUUAUGAGGAUUUCAAAGGCGAGCCUCCCAGAAGUCCCUACUCAACUUUGGGCAAGCCUUCAGAUAACGCCAAGAAGGUGGCCAGGGCCUUGUACAACUUCCAGGCUCAAAACUCUCGCGAAUUGGGUCUGAAGAAGGGCGACCUGGUGUUUGUGAGGCGACAAGUGGACGGCAAUUGGUUUGAGGGCGAACGGAACGCCAUGAUCGGGAUCUUCCCCGUGUCCUAUGUGGAAAUGGUGCCGGAGCAUGAGGUGGGCACCCUGAAGAACGCCAAACGAGCCGCCAUGGACAACGCCAGAACCAUUCAAGAAGGUCAAGCCCGGGCCAAGUUCAAUUUCCAAUCACAAACCCCCAUGGAACUCUCGUUGGUCAAAGGAGAGUCAAUCACCUUGAUUCGCCGCAUUGAUCGGAAUUGGUACGAGGGUCGGAUUGGCAGUCGAAAAGGUAUCUUCCCCGCCACCUACAUUGAUGUGAUCAUGGAACCCGGUGAAAAUAGAGGCAUCUCUCCCAAACCGAUUGCGGCCCCUGCCGCCCACGGCUUACUCAAGUCAGGCCCACUCCCGCCUUCGAACUACAUCCCUCCCAACAUGAAUGUUAGCAGUCCAUACUCGUCAUUGCCGAGACCUGACUCGUCCAUGUCUCAAGCGGUCAAAUCUGUGCGGGCAGAAGAGUCCUCCCUACAAAUUCAGUCCUCCAAUGAGCCGUUGCCGUAUCGAGCCCUGUACAACUAUAAGCCUCAAAAUGAGGACGAGGUGGAACUUUGUGAAGGGGAUAUUGUCUAUGUUAUGGAACAAUGUGAUGAUGGAUGGUUUGUGGGCACAUCACAACGAUCAGGGAUCUUUGGCACCUUCCCCGGGAAUUACGUCACGAAGGCUUAAAAAUCAGCGAUUACUCACGCAUCGGCGAUAUUAUUACUACUAUUAUUAUAUGUUGUGACACUCUACACAACACACUAAUAUUAUGACACUCUUACAAACCAAAUCACACACUCUUCCUGUACAGAAAUGGUCCACUAAUUUACCUCAAGGAACACCAUUGUAAAAACGAAAAAAAAGAACCUUCAGUUCACAUCACAAGGUUGUGCCUCCAAUUAUGAUCUUCACGAUUUCUCACUCACCUUCUUCCUCCUCCUCCCUCUCCUCCUUCACUGCCUUUUUAGUCCUAAAAACUGUACUAAUGGAUUUCAAUCUUCAGUAAGUCAAGAACUACUAAAUAUGACAUGUACUACUAGUCAAACUUGGUUUGGAACGAACGGAAGGGCAAAUGAAAUACCGCUUUCAAAAUUGUGUUUUCCCGUGCCUUGAAUGUGAAUUUCAUGCGUGCUACCCAAAACAAUGGAGAAAAGAAAACCUUGCAAAAACACCUUACUCGCACUUAAUCUGUCCACACAAUAUACGAUGCACAAAAAGUAUAUAUAAGUGAAUAAAGACACCCCUAUGCUUCAUUCAA